UAAUUUUAACAAGUUAUUUUUGGCAAACAAGAAGACUUCUGAAUCAAUGAAGACAGCGACGACGAUGACGACGGCUCUCGCCACCAUGCUGGCGGUGGUGGCCUUGAUCCUAAGCCCCCGCACCGUCGACGCGGCGGUGGCGGACACGUGCAAGGCGGCCGCAGCCAGCGACGUGCGCGUCAACGUGGAGCUGUGCAUGUCAAAGCUCGGCAGCCACCGCGACAGCCUCGAGGCGGCGGACGCCCGGGGCCUGGCCAAGGUGGCCUCGCUCGUCGGCGUCGACAACGCCAACCUCGCCGCCGCCGACGUCAAGGCCCAGGAGGCCGCCGACCCCAAUGUGCGCAUGAAGCCGGCGCUCGCCAAGUGCGCCACGCUCUACAAGGACGUGGGCAUGUGCUUCGCCAACGCGCACGACCAGAUCAACAACCACGCCUACCCCGCAGCCAAGCAGAGGCUCGACGAGGCCCUGGCGCAGACGCAGCUGUGCAACGCCGCGUUCGCGACCGCCGGCGUGACCCUGCCUCAGCCGCUGGCACUGCACACCGUGGACUGCAUCCAGAUCGCCAUCAUCGCCGGCGCCAUCACCAACCUCAUCAAGUGA